AUGUCAGAAGGUUCUUUCUCAAAUAACUUUACCAAUAUGAUGACCAGGGGUGUUAUCACUUAUCAUCAGAAAUUUGUGUAUGAUGAGUUAAGUGGUUUUUUUCCUGACGGAAAAGGAGAAAUACAGAGUCUUGCAUCAGCAAUGAUUGCAAACCUAAAUAAGAAACUAGUUGACAGAUCGUUGAUUGGGCAACGUUGUGAUUUCAGGAUUACUUGUGAUGGCUUUGAGGCAGUUAUUGGACUGCGAUCAGGAGGACUACCCAAAGCCUGUAGUUCAAAAAGAUGGAAUGAUAAAGUCGACCUCAUGGUUGCUAUGCGUGAUGUCUUGCUCCAGGAAGCAAUAGAAAACAAUGGUGUGGGAUGUAAAGACUUUAGGAAAUUGUAUACACUUGGCGUACAUUCUUAUGGCGAGUUUUUACUACAACUUGUAUGCAUUGGAUUGGAAGGCAAGAGGACUGUGGCGGUUAGGCCUCUUGAAGAAGACAAAUCAACUUUAAACCACAUUGUGACUAUUCGGGAUGAGCUGGUAGUCAAGGCAUCACAGUUGCACCGAGAUCGAUGCAGCUUAGUUCAUUCCAAACCAUACACGUUUGCUGAGCAAGGACGUGUAAGACGUAAACGUAUUCAAAAAGAUAGUUAA